AUGACUUUUAAAGAACACUGUGUAAUGGGUUUGUACUCAAUAGUAAUACUGAUCGCUGGGUUUUCCGUUGCUUGGAGUAAUCUAACUACAGCAAACAAUGUGGAGGGAAUACUGCAGCAAAAUCCAUGCCUUUGCCCUUGCAAGCCGUUUGAACAGAAAGAGUACUAUGUUUCCAGCAAUCGGAUCAGUGAUUGGUUCGGUGCAGUUGCUUUCUGCAAUAGUGUCGGAAUGGAGAUAGCUGAGGUGUUAAAUGAGGAAGAAGCAAAUGCUUUGCAUCAAACGAUUCAGGAAGAAGAUCCCGAAGAAGAGAAGGAGUUUUUCUGGAUCGGUGCAAAUGAUUUGGGUGUACAAGGAACCCAUCGUUGGGGCCUUACUGGACGUCCGGUAACAUACAGUAACUGGACAGAUGGUGAACCAAACAAUGCUCUAGAUGAGGAUGGACAGCAGUCAGAAAGAUGCGCGGCCAUUGCGAAGGAUACGCUCAGGUGGAAUGAUUUCCAAUGCACACAGCGGAAAAAGUUUGUUUGCCAACAAUUUCGAGAGCAUUGA